CGUCCCCUUUACUCACCCAUAGCGUCUGGCUCGUCACGACUGAGAAGAGUGAUCAAGAGAGAGGGAGAGGAGUUUUCCGACGAUGUUUCUUCGAGCGAUCGGACGGCCAUUAUUGGCCAAGGUCAAGCAGACGACGGGGAUCGUCGGUCUGGAUGUUGUUCCCAACGCCCGAGAGGUCUUGAUCGGCCUUUACAGUAAAACCCUAAAGGAGAUCCAGGCCGUUCCCGAGGACGAAGGAUACCGUAAGGCGGUCGAGAGCUUCACGAACCACCGCUUGAAGGUUUGCCAGGAGGAAGAGGACUGGGAGAAAAUUGAAAAGCGGCUUGGCUGUGGUCAGGUCGAGGAGCUAAUCGAAGAGGCUCAGGACGAACUCAAGCUCAUUGCUAAAAUGAUCGAGUGGGAUCCCUGGGGUGUUCCUGAUGACUACGAAUGCGAAGUGAUCGAGAAUGAUGCUCCGGUACCCAAGCACGUUCCUCUGCACCGACCCGGUCCUCUCCCUGAAGAGUUUUACAAAACGCUGGAAGCCAUUAGUGGUGAUGGUGCACAAAAAGUAGAGUCAGCCGAGAAAACAUCUCAGGUGACAGAGUGAACCCUUUUUUAUCAUUUGGAGGACUCGAGUUUCAGAAUGGAAAGCCGUUCUUUGUUCUUGGGCUUGAUGUUAUUUAACUAUGUUUGUUCUCCUGUAGAGUGCCUGUAUGCAGGUAUGAUUGUUAUCUUCAAUAAUUUUAACCCAAUUCUGGAAUUACAUAAGUUCACCUUUUCAUUGCCUU